AUGGUGCUUUGGAAGCGGGAGAAUGAAGUAUUUCAACAAGGAUUUGAGUCAUCUCAAACGUGGAACAUGAUCAGAGCAAGAUCACCGCAUGUUUCAUGGUCCAAGGGGCUCUGGUUUAGAGAAGCUACUCCAAAGUUUUCUUUCCUCACGUGGUUAGCUGCUCACAACAGAUUAGCGAGUGGGGACAGAAUACUUCAGUGGAACCCUCAAGCUAUCUCUACAUGUUGGUUGUGCAACGCAGCCACUGAAACGAGAGAUCAUUUAUUCUUUGAUUGCUCUUUCGCCAAAGAAGUCUGGCUUGGAACAAUCAGAGGCCUGGCAGGUGGAGGUGUGCCAACUCAAUGGCUCAUUUUACUGCAAAGACUGGUAACUGGUCUUCAAGACAGCACCAAAACGUUCCUCUUCCGAUACAGUUUUCAAGCUACUGCUCAUGCUCUUUGGCAUGAGAGGAACAAACGCAGGGUGGGAGAAAGCCAUCAACCUCCUGGCCGCCUUAUUAAUCACUUGGAUAAGCUGAUUAGAAAUAAAAUCUCCUCCUUACGACAGCAAGCAGGAAGCAGACAUGAAAAAGCCAUGGAGAUAUGGUUUGGGAGUAGAUGA